GGCCACCCUUGUCCCUGACCCUUUCCUCCUCCACCUUUCUCCUCGUGUCCCGGCCUUCCCAUCAUGCCUCGCGCAGCCAGACAGUCAGAAAAUGGGACGCCCCGCCUGCGCACCCCGAGCCCGUCGCGUCGCCGCCUCUCAGCGUCAUCAUCGACACCCUCCUCGCCCGACCGGCCAACUGGCCCACUCGACGUCGCGGUGGCCCCCGAAGAGCGCGAGCUCGUCAAGGUCAACAACGCCAGCACUACAGAACUCAAGAACGCAUGCGACGACACUGUUAAACGCUACCUCUCACGACCAGACCUCUUCAAGCAAAUACACACGCACACUGACGUCCGGCUCGGCCUUGGCUGGCUGAGCGUGCUCGUCGCCGGCGGGACCGCGCUGUACGGCUACAAAGUGGAAUUUGAGCAGUCGAAGAAGGGCGUGUGGGCAGGACUAAUACUAUACUGCAUCCUGACGACAUUACAAACAUUAUACGCGUUCUUCGUCGAGGGGAACGUCGUGUUCGUCGGCAAGCGCAAAUCGUUCUCGAAGCGGAUCAUCACCGAAAAGAUCACCCUCAGCUCACGAACAGAACGCGCAACGCGCGAGACCCCGCCCGCGUACGAGCUCUCCGUCACCUACCUGCGCUCGACUAGCGGCGGCAAGUCACUGCUGGCCAAGGGCAAGACGCGGGGCGCGGCCGGGUACAACACGUUCUUCGACGCGUCCGGUGUCAUGGACCAGGAGAAGUUUGAGCGCUGGGUGGGCGUGCUCGUCGAGGAGGCCAUGGAGGGCAAGACCUCGUAGCGGAUCGUAUCUCGUGUAUACCUAUCAUUUCGUGUGCUUUCUUUGGAUGUCUUGCACGGCAGGAUUUGUAUCAAUAAGUUAUAUGCAUACUAACACUCGUGCCUACAGUCAAAGGACUGGGGCCUACAUGCUCUUGACUGAUUUUAUCGGACUGCUUGUGCACUCGAAGUUCGGCUCGAGUUGGUCGUGUUUGGUCGUGUGACCGGUUGAUGUUAUGAUUGACAGC